AUGACGUUCUCUAGUAAGAGAAGAAACAGGUGGGAGCUGGAAGAGAAGAAGCGCCUCCCUUCUCUUACUGGCGAACUGAUAACGGUGAACCUUGUCGUAGAAGAGGAUGGCUUCAAGAUUGUUAUAAACGAAGACUACCACCUGUAUUAUUAUCAACGAAUGGAUCCAUAUCAUGCGGAUCAAAUUACCAUUGCUGGAGAUGUUCUCGUCAAUGCAGUGGACAUUGCUUAUGCGGAGGAAGAAGAAGAAGAGGAGGAAGAAGAAGUGGAGGAAGAUCAUAAUAAUUAG